AUGGAAAUCGCACAGAGAAAUGAACAGACUGAUGGAGCUGAUCAAGUCAGUCGUGCAAGGUGUUGGUUUAAGGGGUUAGCAGAAAAGUUAAUGCUCAAGGUACUUGAGAUUGCAAGCAAGACAAAGAAACUUGGACAAGAAGAUCCAAGAAGAAUUAUUCAUUCCGUCAAAGUUGGAUUAGCCAUUACUUCAGUAUCAUUAUUCUAUUACUUUGAUGCUACAUACAAUGGUUUUGGUGUGUCUGCAAUGUGGGCUGUUAUGACUGUUGUUGUUGUCUUUGAAUUCUCCGUGGGAGCGACCCUUGGAAAAGGUAUAAAUAGAGGGAUUGCAACAUUGUUAGCUGGUGCUCUAGGUGUUGGAGCCUAUCGCGUAGCCACUUCUUUUGGAGAAAAAAUUGAACCCAUACUACUUGGGUUCUUCGUCUUCUUGUUUGGUGCGGUAGUGACAUUUGUGCGAUUCUUUCCGAGAAUGAAGGCAAGAUAUGAUUAUGGACUUCUGAUAUUUAUAUUAACAUUCAGUUUAAUAUCUGUUUCGGCGUACCGGACGGACGAGGUGAUACAAAUGGCCCACCAGAGACUAUCCACCAUACUCAUUGGUGGCGCUGCUGCCAUAAUCACAAGCGUUGCCAUUUGCCCUGUAUGGGCUGGUGAUGAUUUUCACUCUCUUGUGGCUUCCAACCUCGAAAAGGUUGCCACUUUCCUAAAAGAAUUUGGAAGCCAAUACUUGAAAGCAUCAAGUGCAGAACUCGUAGUUAACAAGGAAUUUCCGCAAGGAUAUAAAAGUGUUAUUAAUUCAAAGGCCACUGAAGAAUCUUUGGCGAAUUUCGCAAAAUGGGAGCCGCGCCAUGGCAUGUUCAGGUACCGGCAUCCUUGGGAAAAAUACUUGGAAGUUGGAAACCUCACUCGACAAUGUGCCUUCCGAAUUGAUGCUCUAAAUGGCUACCUCACCUCUGAGAUUCAGGUAUUUCUAAGUGCAUUCGACCUUCCGCAUGACAUUCUAAAUCUUAUCUGGCAUGUAUUUUAAUAAUGUGAUAUAGGAAGUACGAAUAUGGAAACAAGAGAGAGAUUACGAUUAACACAAUGCAAUUUUAAGCUACUCUUACAGGUGCCACAAGAAAUUGGAGCGAAAAUCCAAGAAAUAUGCAAAAAGAUGACCUCAGAAACUAGCUUGGCUUUGAAAGAAGUAGCAUUGGGCAUGAGGACAAUGACUAUGCCGUCCUCCUCUGCUGAUUCCCAUAUUGAGAAUGCAAGAAUGGAAGCAAAACACCUCAAAUCCUUGCUUAAAACAAGGUCGUGGCCAGACAGUACUGAUCUGCUGGACAUAGUUCCGGUCGCUGCUGUAGCUUCAUUGCUCAUAGACAUUGUCGCCUGCACAGAGAAAAUUGCCGAUACUGUUAAAGAACUUGCUCCUCUCGCACACUUCAAGGCUGCAGUAGUAACAGCUGGUCAGCAAAAACAAUUGACCCGCCAACAAACUCAUGGCAGAGAAGAAACACAUCAUAUUAUUACCAUGGGUGAAUCAUCUCCUGAAUAAACCCAGAAAAUGUUUUUGAAUCACUGUCAACUACAGGACCAUGAAUGCAUGCCUGGAUAUGCCAUUUUGGGUAGGGAGAAGUAUCUGUAUCUGAUAUGUGUCGAAUAUCGAUAAGUAUCCAAUACGGUUGGAUAUGGAUCUGAUGUAUAUGCAUAUGAUGUAUCCAAUAUUUUUUGAUAGUGGAUACCAGGGGCGGAGCCACCUUGGGAUAGCGUGGGCACUUGCCCCUAACUUUUGGAUUGCCUAUAAUUAAGCUCCCG